GCUAUUUAAACAUUGAACCACAGAGAUACGAUCUUACGUAGUAAGCUCCCGAAGGGAGCUUGCAUUGAACGAUACACAUGGACUAAUUUCAAAGGCAAAGCCUCUUUAUUUUACGAGGAUCUCAUUUUUGUGAUCAUUAUCUGAUCAAUUAACUGUUUUGUUGAAUUGUAGUAUUUGUACUGAGCAGUGCCAAUUUAAAGGCAGGCAAGAAAUCUGAGGAUUACCUUGUAAAUACAACGCGAAUUCCAUAAGCUCUGCUGAGCUGGGACAGCCCGAAGGCCGAACACGAAGUGGGGACGUCCCCGGCGGGUCUGGCCCGAUUAACCUGUACUGUACCGUACCGGUACUUGGGAGACUCGUGGCAGUUAUGUCUUCAGAAUGUUUAUUGUGCGGGCAGCAGCCCCAGUCAGGAAGAAGACUGCACACCUACUUUAAAGGUUCCAACAUUCAGAUCGGCGAGCUACUAAAACGAAUGGGGUGGAGAGUAGGAAGAAGAAAUACAUGGACUUCAAAGCUAUGCUGCAUCCCCUGUUUCCAAAUUCUAGGCAAAUGGUCAACUGCUGAAAUGAAAAUGACCUCGGCCGGUGCCGAUUUUUUCGAAAGAACAGGACACCCACUCCCAAAAGUGAUCAUUGAAAAACAUAAAAGCUUCACGAAAAAGUCACGCGUCAUCGACCUCUUUCAACGAUCACGGUACCUUCAAGCUAUCAGACAAAUGAAAGAGACAAAGAGUGCAAAAAAGGCGUGGCUAGACGAUCUCCGGAAGACGGUUCGAGAUGAAAUGAGAAAAAUAGAAAAAAACAGGAACAUCUUCCCUAGCAAUUCUCCAGCUCUUGAGCAGUUUGACUGGGACAACAUUAUCAAAGAGCUCAAGAGGGAUACGCCAGUGAUCUACCGUAUUUUGCUGGCCCUGUUUACAAGGUCCAAGGAUGCAGAGAGGGACUGUAAGAAAAGUGCGACUGCCAGUUUAGGGAUGAUGUAUAUGAUUCCUCUUCAUCAUCGAAAACAGCUAAUCCACCAAUGCCUGCCCCUAUUAAUCGCUUCAAUGCCCUGGAGAUGUGGUAGCAAAAGAAAGACACUAUCAGCCCUAAAGCGUUUGGGAGUAUCAAAGUCCAGGAUUGCUUUUCACCACUUUGUACAAACCCAAAGGAAUGACGAGUCGCAGUUGAAGAAUUCUGUUGUUGAGGUGUCAAACUCAGCUCAUGAUGAUGAAGAUGACGAUGAUGACCAUGAUGAGGAGGAAGAAGAUGAAGAGGAUGAUGAUGAUGAAGAAGAGGAUGAUGAUGAGGAGGAUGACGAUGAAGAUGCAUUAGAUUCGAAGAUGUCCCUAGGGGAAGAUGACGAUGAAACUGAUGAAUAUGAUGAUGAAGAUGAUGAUGAGGAAGAUGAAGAUGAGGAGGAUGAGGAUGAGGAAGAGGAAGAGUCAUCACCUGAAAAGCCAACCAAGAAAAGAAAGGUAAAAUAAACCCGAUCGAGGCACAUGUGGAUGAUGACAUAAUCAUUCAACUGAAUGUUCUCAAUGAAAGAGCAACCUCCAUAUGUCAGGCACAAUGGAACAGAUGAAUUCAGAGAAGGAAGAGGAUGAUAUUGGAGAAGAGAACGAGGGCGGUAUUGAUGGAGGAGUUCAAGAUGAAGCUGGAGCGAAGUAUAAGAAAUCUCUUCAAAGAGAUCAGAGCUGAAUUGGACUACGAAGAGGACUUUGGAGAUUGUUGAAUAUAGGUUUUACUUGGAUUGCUUCUGAAACCAUUAUCAUGCAAGUCAAAGAAUGGAUGCUGAAGUCGAGGGUUGAGAAUCAACAUGUUCUAGGAACAGGAAACGUGAAUAGAGGCAAAAUGUCAUCGUGAAAGAAUUGACGAGACACUGGGCAGGAGUGGAGUCAACUCUGUGAAGACAUAAGCCUGUAUUGAAGUCCAGUUUAACUUUGGGCAUGGUCUAAUUGUCUGCUAAAAUGAUUAUGGGAAGCCAAAUUUUUUUUUUUAAUGCCAAAGGCGAAACAGUGCGUUGGGACUUUAUUCUCAAAAUACUCCAUUCUGAUCAGUUUCCACAAGGUUUGAAUUAAUUAUUUAACCUUCAAACAGCCAUUUGAAAGAAGCUUCCAUCGGAAUCGGUUUAUUACCAUUUGGUCUACAGCCAUUUGGUCUAAUAGACACCUAGAAAACAGAGUUAUAAGUAAUUUGACAUGUCAAGAAGGUGAUAAAUUGAAUCUGUACACAAUAGGCUAUCCAUAUGUCUGUGACAUUCCUUCCAAUGAAUAUUAAUGAGGUUUUUUUGGGUUUUUUUGCAACAGAAAUGCUUUAUAAUUGUCAAACUUAUGCUUUUAUGCCAACAUGCUCGGUGUUAAAUGACACAACGCUUCCAUUAUUCAUGCGGGCAAAAUAAAUUCAUAUUGUGUAUGAGUUUCUACUGGUAAUCUAUCUUAAGUGGAUGAUGUAAUUGUCAAGAAAGAUAAGGAUGAUUUUGAAAAUAUUUCAGCCAUUACGGGAUCAAAUUUGCUUUCCUUGAAGGGGGAUAUAUCCUAAUUUAGUCAUUGAAGAUUGUAAUGCAUUAUGACCUAAUUUUCAUUCCAGCUCAUUAGUAGUUAAAUACCCAAAGUGCCUUUUCUCUCAGUUCUAGCCUUCCUGUUUAAGAUCAACACUUAUAAACUGUAAUUUAUUUGAUAUUAAUACAUUUCAAUGCAAGUCGAUAUAGUAAAAGAAGAGAAAAAAAUCUGAUCAGAUUAUGAUAUUAUCACUGUCUGAUUCACAAAGUCAUGCAUAAUCUUCAAAUAUUCAGUAACAUUGUUAUUUUUUGUCUUUUUACUGUUGAUUGUUCUCAUUCAAUAUUAUUUACAAGGAUAAGUCCACCCCAGCAAAAAGUUGAUUUAAAUAAAAAGAGAAAAAUCAGACUAGAAUAACGCUGAAAAUUUCAUCAAAAUUGGAUGUAAAAUAAGAAAGUUAUGACAUUUUAAAGUUUCGUUUAUUUUUCACAAAACAGUGAUAUGCACAACUCAGUGACAUGCAAAUGAGACAGUCGGUGAUGUCCCUUACUCACUAUUUCUUUUGUUUUUUAUUGUUUUGAAUAUUUCAUUUUUUUUCAGAUUUGACAAUAAGGAUCAACUUGACUGAACCAUAUAAGAUCAAACGAUGCUAAUUCCACAUGUUCAGGGAGGAAUUAAUCUUUGUUUCACUUGACAAUGAGGAGAAAAUUAGAAUAUUUCACAUAAUAAAAUACAAAAGAAAUAGUGAGUGGAUGACGUCAUCAGUCUCCUCAUUUGCAUUACCGACCAGGAUGUGCAUAUAACUAUUAUGUGAAAUUAAGCGAAACUUUGAAAUGUCAUAAAUUUCUUAUUUUACAUCCGAUUUUGAUGAAAUUUUCAGUGUUAUGUUUGUUGGAUUUUUGUCUCACCUGCAUAGCAGAGUGAGACUAUAGGCGCCGCUUUUCCGACGGCGACGGCGGCGGCGACGGCGGCGGCGGCGGCGUCAACACCAAAUCUUAACCUGAGGUUAAGUUUUUGAAAUGACAGCAUAACUUAGAAAGUAUAUGGACCUAGUUCAUGAAACUUGGCCAUAAGGUUAAUCAAGUAUUACUGAACAUCCUGCCUGAGUUUCAUGUCACAUGACCAAGGUCAAAGGUCAUUUAGGGUCAAUGAACUUAGACCAUGUUGGGGGAAUCGACAUCAAAAUCUUAACCUAAGGUUAAGUUUUUGAAAUGUCAUCAUAACUUAGAAAAUAUAUAGACCUAGUUCAUGAAACUUAUACAUAAGGUUAAUCAAGUAUCACUGAACAUCCUGCAUGAGUUUCACAUCACAUGACCAAGGUCAAAGGUCAUUUAGGGUCAAUGAACUUUGGCCAAAUUGGGGUAUUUGUUGAAUUACAGCCAUAAAUUUGAAAGUGUGUUGGUCUAGUUCAUAAAACUUGGACAUAAUAGUAAUCAAGUAUCACUGAACAUCCUGUGCGAGUUUCAGGUCACAUGAUCAAGGUCAAAGGUCAUGUAAGGUCAAAGAACUUUGGCCACGUUGGGGGUAUUUGUUGAAUUGCCAUCAUAUCUCUAUAAGUGUAUUGGUCUAGUUCAUAAAACGUGGAAAUAAGAGUAACCAAGUAUCACUGAACAUCUUGUGCGAGUUAAAGUAGUUUUCAAAAUCAGCACUGCUGCUAUAUUGAAUCGCGUGAUGCAGGUGAGACGGCCAGAGGCAUUCCACUUGUUCUCUUUUUAAGUCAACUUUUUGCUGGGGUGGACUUGUCCUUUAAAGAUUUAAUUGACCAUAAUGCAUUAAAUAAGUUUAACUCAACCAUAUCUGUGAUUGUGUAUGAGAUAAGUCCAUUAUAUUCUAUCAUGGUAUUCUUACACUAAUUGUAGAGGGAUGUGUUGGAAGUUUCGAAAGAACAAACAAUUUUGAAAUAUAAUGUCAUUUGAAAUGAUAGGAACAAGUGGGAAGAUAAGCUCUUCCUGACGAAAAUCUGUUAAAAAUCUGUGUUGAACUAGGAAUCAAGUUUUUUUUAUAGGAGAACAGGGCCUGUCUGUGAGACUUAGAGUUCUUCCUCUGAUUGUAGAGAGAUGUGUUGUUGGAAGUGUAUAAAGAACCAACAAGCUUGGAAAGCAAUGUCAUAUUUGAAAUGAAAAGAACAAGCUGUAAGAAGAGCUGUUCCCGGCAGAACUCUUUUGAAUGUCUUUGUUGAAUCUGAGUUACAAAGUUUUUUAAUAACAAAUGGGGUCUGAGAAGUCAUUCCUUGUCAGGGAGUCUUAUCUCUGGCUGGUAGCAAUUUUGUCAGUAAACAUCUGUAAAGGUGGGUCUUGAAAUGUACAGCAUGAAUUUACAUAAAAUAAAGUUAGAGAGUCUAA